CAGCUGAAAGAAUCGAUAAUUCUCGAACCUAGAAUCGAGACAGUCGAUUAAAUCGCAUUUGAAUCGAGUUUUUUCGAUUCAUUGACGUAUCGGGGGUGUCCGGUGUAUCAGUUUCGGUCAGAAACGCAAAAACUGACGAGGUGUCAAGUGGGAUUUAACUCAUUUUUUUCCCUCUCAUAAACGCUCCCUUCAGCCUCCAGUGUGGUAAAAAAAUUAGAGCUUUUACUCUAGAUUUCAAUUCAUUCUAAAUCAUCUCUUCAGCUAAAGGUUUAUAAACUUAAAGGAAGCAACUGUGUCCGAUAAAAAGCAAGAAUGACGGAAUCCGAGAAUAUUUUCAUCUUCGUGCCCAACAUCAUUGGAUACGCAAGAGUGAUAUUGGCCCUGAUAUCUUUCUACUUUAUGUCAACCAAUCACGUGAUAGCGAUCUGCUGUUAUGUUACAAGUGCACUUUUGGAUGCAUUUGAUGGCCACGCAGCAAGAUAUUUCAACCAAAGUACCAAAUUCGGGGCAAUUUUGGAUCAAUUGACCGAUCGAGUGGGCACAAUGUGUCUUAUGGCGAACUUGAGCCAUUUUUAUCCAGACUACAGUUUUUGGUUUCUAGUCAGCAUGACUAUCGACAUUGCUUGUCAUUGGAUAUAUUUGCACACAUCGCUGUUACAAGGAAAAACGAGUCACAAAUUUAUCGACAUGUCCGAAAAUCCGAUAAUGAGCGUUUACUACAACAAUCGAACUGUUUUGUUCAUUAUGUGCUCUGGAAAUGAAGCAUUUUAUGCUGCUCUUUACGUUUUGCAUUUUACCGAAGGACCCAUUUUGGUCGGUAUCAGCUUGUUCAAAGCAAUUUGCAUAAUCUCUGCUCCCAUCGCCCUGGUCAAAACAAUCCUUUCUUUAAUUCACGGAUACGUGGCCUGCAGAAAUCUUGCAAUAAUCGACGUGAAAGAACGAGAACAGCUAAGAAAAGUCAAAUAAAUUCAAAAAUACUCCCAACAAAGAUCUUAAAAAACUAGUCAGCAUAAAUGUGAUGAACAUAAACAGAUCUUCCCAUCCUCUACAACAAAUAGAAUAGUUUUAUCUCCCAAAAUCGAAUGAAAAACGCCACCUUAAAUCAUGCAACAAUUGGAAAUUAAGAUUUUAAUUGAAGAUUGUUUUUCUGACAUCACAAGGUAGAUUAAUCUCGAUUGCUCGUAUCAUCUAUUUUUGGAUUAUGAUAAAGAUUAUAUUUUUCAAAACCUAUGAUUCAAUAUCUAACUAUAAGAAAAUUUGAUGUGCGGAUAACUUGAUAAUGUGAAAUUGUAAUUCGUAAAUGAGGGUACAAGAUUCCGAUAGAUCAAUGUAAUUUCAUUCCAUGAAAAUUUGUACCAGUGAGUACAAAAUUACAAACUUAUUAUAUUUACUUUUUUUUUCUAUUUUCCGAAAAUAUUAGACUUUUGAGUUAGAUCAGUGUAUUUUUUUAAUUUGUUAUUUGUAUGUAAAGAGCAUUUCUUAAGUUUAGAAAUACAUCAUAAUUCUGUUGUACCUGUAAUAAAAACCAUGACGAAUGUAGAAAGUUUGGUUCGUGUUUAUGGAUACAAAUUAUUGAGGAAUUAAUUUUUGAAUAAAGAAAAUCGUUGUGAAUUCCAAAA